CCGUUCACUUGUCUUCCGUCAACUUUCCAUUCUUUUCUUUCUCACAUUUCACAAACAAUAACAGCCAAAGACCCUUUUCUGUUCAGUUUUCAUGGCUGUCGUCGGCGAAGUUUUCCGGCACAACUUGACGGAGGAGUCGCCUUCUGGUGCUCCCGAACUUCAUGUUCUGGCUGUUGAUGACAGCCUCGUUGAUCGCAAGGUUAUUGAGCGUUUGCUGAAGAUUUCUUCUUGCAAAGUGACGGUUGUGGAGAGCGGAACGCGAGCGCUUCAGUAUUUGGGGCUGGAUGGAGAGAACGGUUCUCUCGGGUUUGAUAGUGUUAAGGUUAAUCUGAUAAUGACGGAUUAUUCCAUGCCGGGGAUGACGGGAUACGAAUUACUCAAGAAAAUUAAGCAGGAAUCUUCUGUGUUUAGAGAGAUCCCUGUGGUGAUCAUGUCGUCGGAGAAUAUUUUGACUCGAAUUGAUAGGUGCCUGGAGGAAGGAGCAGAGGAUUUUCUGUUGAAGCCCGUCAAGUUGUCUGACGUAAAACGUCUAAAAGAUUUCAUCAUGAGAGGUAAAGUGAAUGAAGGAGAGAAAAGAUCUCACAAAAGAAGGAGAUCAAUUGAUUGCAGUCAGUCUGUGUCAACGACAUGCUCAGCAAUGUCUCAUCCAUGCGAUCCAUCAUCAAUACUGUCACCAUUAUCACCAUCCACAUUAUCCUCAAAGAAGUCUAGAUUGUGAUCAGAGAUCGAGUAUAGCGUGCUAGUGCCAUGUCUCCAUUUUUGCUACACUAAUGUUCAUAUUCAAGAUUGAGUAGUGUAUCUUGCAUCUGUUCACCGGUCUCUCUAUAUACACAUUAGGAAUGAGAAAAAGCAUAUGUCAGAAUUACCACUGAUUUUUUGGCCUCUUAUUUGUUUGCACAUUUUGCUUUCUGUACAUAUAAUUUUAUUUUUUUAAAU